AUGAGCCUGACCGAAGUUCGCAUCGGCGGACACCUUCAAAUUCAGAACUCCCGCAAGCUAGUUCAUCGCCUCCUAGCGAUACUCAAGCCCUUUCUCAAUUUGUUUAUCCCCCUAGAGCAUUUGCCGAUGAAUGGCUACCUGAUAGGCCGACACCCUGAAUGCGACUUGGUGAUUAAUAUACCUACUGUGUCAAAUCGACAUGCUUUGGUAUUUUCGGAAAAUAGGAAAGGCGAUGCCGUUGCUUUUCUGCAGGAUCUUUCCAUUAAUGGUACUUUUGUCAAUGAUGCAAUGGUGGGCCAAAACAAACACCGUGAACUUGAAGAUGGUGAUGAGGUCACUAUUCUAGAUGAAGCACGUUUUGUUUUCAGAUAUCCCCGGACACGAGAUACCAAUCGUUUCCGCCAACAAUAUAGGCUUCUGCAACAGCUUGGGAAAGGCCACUUCGCCACAGUCUACCUUUGCGUAGAACGGUCUACGGGGGCUCAAUAUGCUGUAAAAGUUUUCGAGAAACGCUCUGGCGAUUCGCAGCAUUCCCAAAAUGAAGUUCUUCAUCAGGAAAUCGGUAUCUUGAUGGGCGUCAGUCAUCCGAAUUUGCUUUGCCUCAGAGAUACAUUCGACGAAAGCGACGGCGUUUAUCUGGUCCUGGAACUCGCUCCAGAAGGCGAAUUGUUCAACUUGAUUAUCAGCCAGCAGAAAUUUUCAGAAAGUGAGACUCGUUGCAUCUUUAUCCAAUUGUUUGAAGGGCUGAAGUAUUUGCAUGACCGAGGCAUCAUUCAUCGUGACAUUAAACCUGAAAACAUUCUUGUCGCCAACAAAGAGUUGACAGUGAAACUUGGUGAUUUUGGAUUAGCCAAGAUUAUUGGUGAAGACUCGUUUACUACCACACUAUGCGGCACACCAACCUAUGUCGCGCCAGAAAUCUUGCAGGAGCGGCGCUAUCGAAGAUACACAAAGGCUGUGGAUGUCUGGUCUCUCGGAGUCGUUCUAUACAUAUGCCUUUGCGGAUUUCCCCCAUUCUCUGACGAACUAUACACAACUGAGCACCCGUACACGUUAGCACAACAAAUACAACAAGGGAGCUUCGACUAUCCAUCUCCGUAUUGGGACACUGUGGGUGAUCUGGCCUUGGAUCUGAUAGACCGAAUGCUCACAGUUAAUGUCGACGACCGAAUCACGGUGGAUGAAUGCUUAGAGCACCCAUGGAUUACAGGAAAGCAGCCUAGUGUUACCGACAGCACAGACGGCCUGACUGGGGCUUUAGGAAAUUUGGACUUUUCAAAAAGAAAGCUAGCGCGCGAAAGAACACUUCUCAGCAAUCUCAAUGAUGUUCGCUACAGUGAACAUGAGCGGACAAGUGGUGCUCCUGUCAAAGUUUUCCACAAGAACGAUGCUGGGAAACGUGUUCACAACCAUCCAGCCAAAAAUGCACGAGAGCGUGAAGUAUCACCUAACGAGAAAAGUGCCCCGAAUAACUUUGUCAACCUCGGAGAACAAGGUGACCCAGUUUUGUUCGAUGACAAACCAAAACAUGGGCAUAACUGA